AACUCAACUCCCGUCGGACUGUAUUUCUUCUCCCCAGCAGAGACUCAAUCAUGUGCUCUGGAAAUUUCGCCAAGUGUCUGGGCAUCACGCUCAUCCCGCUGGCCAUCAUCUGCGUCCUCUGCAACAUCCUGCUCUUUUUCCCCAGCGGGAAAGUGGCCGAUCAGAGCCAAGACAUCACCGACGAAGUCUUUUACCUGGGGGGAAUUUUGGGAUCUGGAGUGCUGAUGAUUUUCCCUGCUCUGGUUUUCCUGGGCUUGAAGAACAACGACUGCUGCGGCUGCUGUGGGAAUGAGAGCUGCGGGAAACGAUUUGCGAUGUUCAGCUCUAUUCUGUUUGCGGCGGCAGGAGCAGUGGGCGCUGGUUACUCCGUCAUUGUGUCCUGUGUGGCUCUAAAUCACGGACCCAAAUGUUUUUUAAGCGACGGCAGCAAUAACGCCACUUACCCAUUCACCGACGGAAACUACCUGUCAAACCGUACGAUGUGGGAGCUGUGUGCGGGACCCGGAGAUAUCGUCACCUGGCACCUGACACUGUUCUCCAUCCUGCUGAUUACCGGGAUUGUCCAGAUCGGACUGUGUGCUUUCCAGGUGAUCAACGGACUGAUCGGCACCAUCUGUGGAGACUGCUGCGGCUGCUGCAAGGAAUAAAGUAAAACCUCUCGGACUGGACUCGGAUCGUUGAUUCUUCAGUACUAACAUCCAUCAAUAUCUGUAAUUGUCAACAUGUUCACCUCAUGAUUGUUAUUUAUGUCCUCCUGUUCAGACGGAUGCUGUUUUCUUCCCUGUUUUCUGUAUGAAACAUCCAUUCGCCUGAUGGCUGAUGGCUUAUGAAGGCAACAGAUCUUUUGUUUUACGAAGGCGACAUUUAUUGUUAUAUAUUGUUAUAUAGCUACACAUACAGAUUUGUAUGAACUAUUAUAUUAAUAUACGUAUGUUGAUACAUAUUAAACCUUAUAUUGAUAUUUAUUCCGACUGCAAGAGAAUGUUAUUUUCGUACAAGUAUUUACUCUUUUUUUUAAAGAAUGGAAGGGAACGUGCAAAUAAAGAUAAUUUAAAUUGUAUUUUAUCUCAGGAAAUUGGUUGAAAUGCACAAAGGGAUAUUUGAGGCUUAAUAAACUCUUGAAUACGACAAAAACAAA